UUUUGACGGACAAUAUUUUUGAGAGGAAAAGACUGACAUGCACUGCAUUGGUGUUUUUGUGUGCACAAUGUUUUGCUCAAACAUCAGAACAUAAUUGAGAAUCGAACAGAAUUCUAGGAGUUGUUGAUACAGGGACAAUUUCCAGAGCAACUGCCACUCUAACAUCAACCAUGGACAUCUCCAUGACCUCAUGCGAGGAUGAUACCUCCCCCUCGACACCCCAAAGCUUCCCUUUUCCUUUUACCCCGUACAACAUCCAAGAAGACUUUAUGAAGAAUCUCUAUGCCACCAUUAAUGAGGGGAAGAUUGGAAUAUUUGAGAGUCCAACAGGAACAGGUAAAUCUCUCAGCUUAAUCUGUGGCGCCCUCAAGUGGCUGACUGACUUUCAACAGAAAGAACGCGAAGCGAUUGAAGCAAUAAUCAAAGGAGAAAGCAAAACACAGGGGGACAGUGGAGAGGCGGUGAUUGACUUGAAGAAAACUCCCACAAGCUCAGAGCCUGACUGGGUUCUGGAAUUUGACAACAAGCGAGCUCAGAUGGAGAAAAAUACCCUGCUCAUUGAGGAGCAUAAGCAGAUAUUGAAGAGAGAAGAAAAGUUGCAACAAAUGAGAGAUGAGAUCAAACAAAAGGCCAUUGUCAAACGAAAGCGAUUUUCUCCGACGGACAAGUCGGAUAUUUCGCAGCCUCUAGAUGAGAACGAUAACCUUGAGAAACCAGCAGACAGUGACGAAGACAGCCUCCUUGUAGCUGAUUACCAUAGCGACGAUGAGAUGACAACAUCUUGUGAUUCUGGGGAGGAUGAGGAGGAUGCUGAGCCUCAUGUCACUAAGAUAUUUUACUGCAGUCGAACUCAUUCUCAGCUGAGUCAGUUUGUACACGAGGUCCAGAAAAGUCCGUACGGAGAAACAACAAAAGUAGUGACUCUAGGUUCAAGACAGAAUUUGUGCAUCAAUGAAUCGGUUAAAAAGUUGCAAUCCCAGAGUUUAAUCAAUGACAGAUGUCUUGAACUACAGAAAAAAAAAAAAGAAAAGAAGGAGAAGCACAAAGAAGAUGAUCCAACCAAGUCCAAACGGAAGAAGACAUCAGCGUCUGGGUGUCCCUUCUAUACUGCCGGUCAGAUGGACACCUUCAAGUAUAGAGUGGCCUUACAAGUCCUGGACGUUGAACAACUCCUGUCCAUCGGCAAGGAACUUAAGGCUUGCCCGUACUAUGGGACUAGGUAUACCAUUCCAAGUGCAGAGCUGGUUGUUCUGCCUUACAACACCCUACUUCAUUCCUCAACCCGUAAGGCCUGUGGGAUACGACUUGAUGGGAAUGUAGUCAUCAUCGAUGAGGCACAUAACCUCAUUGAAACCAUCUCAAAUGUCUACAGUGUAGAGGUGACAGGAGGUCAGCUUUGUCGAGCACACUCACAACUCAGUCAGUACAUGACAAAAUACAGGAGUCGGCUGAAGGCCAAGAAUCUGAUGUACAUCAAGCAGAUCUUACAGGUUCUAACCGGCUGGAUCCGGAUCUUAGGAGGCAAGACGGAUUGUCCUCCAGAUUCACAGAAGACGGGUCCAGAGACGAGCAAGCUGUUCACCAUCAAUGACUUUCUCUUUGCUGCUCAGAUAGACAACAUCAAUCUCUUCAAGUUGCAGAGAUACUGUGAGGUUAGCCAAAUCUCCCGAAAGCUGAAUGGAUUUGUUGAGAAAUACCAACCGACGGUGAAGACCGAGGCGGACCACGCCCCUAAGCAGUCUGCAAUGACAAGAUUCCUUCAAGAAGUCAGCCAGAAAUCUAACAAGGAGACAAAACAAAGUACAAACCCCUCAGAUGCGAGUGAGAGGAAAGAAGAGGAAUGGCAGACGUUCUCAUCUCCUCUCCUUCACAUUGAGGGAUUCCUCUUGUCUCUUACAAAUGCUGAUAAAGAUGGAAGGGUUGUUAUCCAUAAACAAGACUUCCUUGGCAAGUCUAGUAUAAAAUUCCUGCUGCUGAACCCAGCGGUUCAUUUCACUCAAGUAUUGAAGGAAGCCAGGGCGGUGGUCGUCGCUGGCGGAACCAUGCAACCAGUGGAUGAAUUCAAGGAACAAUUACUCUACUGCGGUGGAAUUAGUCCAGAUAGGAUCGUGGAGUUCUCAUGUGGUCAUGUGAUAUCACCUGAGCAGUUGCUUCCAAUCUCGUUGGCUAAGGGCCCCUCGGGCAUCGAGUUGGAUUUCACGUACCAGUCACGUGAUCAACCUAAAAUGAUGGAUGAAGUUGGUCGUGUCCUAGCCAAUAUCUCAAAUGUCGUUCCUGGUGGUGUGGUCUGUUUCUUCCCAUCGUACGACUAUGAGAAAAAGCUUCACGCCUACUGGGAGAGCACCGGACUAAUCAAGCGUAUUGAAAUGCGCAAGAGGAUCUUCAGGGAACCACGCAAGGCGGGACAGGCUGACUUUAUACUGGGACAGUAUUCAAGUUUCAUUGAGAAAUGUUCUUCAGGUGGUGCUAUGGCAUCAAUGAACGGUGCCAUCCUUAUGUGUGUGGUUGGAGGUAAAAUGAGUGAAGGCAUCAACUUCUCUGAUCAGCUCGGAAGAUGUGUCGUCAUGGUGGGUCUUCCGUAUGCAAAUAUAAAAUCUCCGGAACUGAAGGAAAAAAUGGACUACCUGAAUGCAACAAUGCCGCCCAUCAAUGGGAAGAGUGCCGGUCAGCAGCAUUAUGAUAACAUCUGCAUGAAGGCUGUCAAUCAGUCUAUUGGAAGAGCCAUACGUCAUAAAGACGACUAUGCCACCAUACUCCUUCUAGAUCAGCGCUAUGCUAGGCCGUCCGUACAGAGUAAACUACCUGCAUGGAUACAGACCCGUAUGCAGACUAUGCCUAGGUUCGGACCCGCAUUCGCUAUGAUGAGCAAGUUUUUUGCCUUGCGCAGACCUGGAUCAACAGACAAACAUACAUGUGUAGCACCAUGUUAGUAACAUCUGUGGAACAGCACCCUCAGGCAACGUCUACCCAAGUUCUAUUUAUUCGUGUGUGCAUGGAGGUAGGUUCAUUCCUGGAAAUAACCAGCGACACCCACAGUAAUUGCCAUAAUGCCAUGAUGUGCCUUCACUUUGGUUCCCCUAGCUUAUUCCAAUAAAAAACUUACAUAGAAGUGUCUCUUACCAGAGGGAAAUUGUUGUGCCCCUUCUUUUAGCAAAGUUCAAGGCACGUAUGUUCAGUUGCUUGGGUCUUCUCUCCUGCAGAGGUGGUCCUUUUAUUCCAAACUGCAUUGCAAUAAUUAAUGUUUAAAAGAAGAGGACGAAAAGAAUUUAUUUAAGAUAUUUAUUUUAUUCUGUUGGGUCUGAGAAGUCUUCUGCUCUACAUUUACUUUGCGGAAACACCAUUUGUGUAUCUA